GACAUUAUCCGGGCGCCACGCGCUGUAAGCCGCACAAUUCAAAUAGUGCAAAGGAGCACGGCAUCUCCUGGCACAGGUGCGGCAGCGCGACCAUUGAUUCGGUUCUUCGAGGCCCAAUAGAGCGCCAGGGGCUUGGCAGAAGAGGGCACGAGGCUCAGACAGCUAUCAUCGGUCUGGCGAGCCAUGGCGAGCGAUGCCGCCGAGCAAAGCCGCGCCGCAGCGCCGGCGGCGGCCGCAGCGCCGACGCAGUACAACAUGUACCGCAAGGCCGCGCUAGCCGUCGUCGUAGCCUGGAUGGCCAAGACGCGCAGCAUCACUCCUAUUCUAUUCCCACUCAAAGUUGUCGCCGCAAUAGCUUUCGUGGGCGCCGCCGGCGCCGCGCUCUUCUUACUGGUGCCGAAUCACUUACUGGUGCCGAGCAGCAAAUACCGCAAAGCCAUCGCCGCGGUCAUUUUGGUGUGGAGCGUUUAUACAAGAAGCCUCUAUCCGGUGAUCCUUGCGUUGAAAGCCGCGGGAGCGUGUGCCUUCCUCGUCGCGGGAUUUUUAGUACUACUGGCCAUCGGCGCGGUCCUCGUUUUCAAGUACGGCCCACCAGAAGAAGAAGAAAAAAAGACACCGUAUGCGCGAGGCGCCUCCGGCGCGCCGGGCAACGUCUACGCGCCGGAUGAAAAGAUCGGCGCGCAACUGGGCAACUACACUGAUUCUGAUUUCCAAGGUCUACUGGACAGCGUGCCAGAGGAGUACCGUCUGAAACUCAUCAAAGCGCGACGGAUGCUCGAGGAGGCGGCGGAACCGGGAGAAAAGCCGUCCGACUAUGAAAAUGAGUCGUCGGAGCCGCAUCCUUUGCAGUACUCGUUGAUAGAAAGCGCACCGAUGAGUAUAGCGUCCUUUCGGAACAACGAACCUAUAUUGGUCGAGGUCUUCGGUCUCACCACAGAAGAAGGCCGCAAGCUCAACGGCAAGCGCGGCUGGGUGCAGCGCCGCGUCGAGCACCGGCUACGGGUCUGGUUCUCAUCAACGGAUUCACAUGAGGCAUCCUUGGAAGAGUUGCGGCGGACGCCGUCGUGCUUCUCGAAGAACAUAAAAACGGCACACCUGCGCCUAUGCCGAAGUAUCCAUCAUGUGAGACCGGUCACGGAGCAUCGACUGCUGAGCGGCCGCGCGGGCGAUAUUGAUAAUGCGACACCUAGACUGGGCAAGUUCAAAACUAAGGAAGAAGGGGGCUUCUUCGUCUUCUUCCCGGGGUUGCGGAGAGACGACGUGGCGAGCUUUGAUUGUCUGAGGUGCUGCCCGGCGGAGGUCGGGAAUUGGGGCGGCGUAGAAGUUUUAAGUGAAGAGGACGUGCGCCACCGCCUGCUGCAAGAGAAGCAUGCGUGGGACCCACUUAAUGGACCGGGCUGGCCCGGGAUUUAUGACGACAAGCGGAGACUAGGCUUGGUCCGAGCGGCGCGGGAGGACGUCGCGCGGCGCCCAACGUUCCGGGAAGCAUGUGAGUUGUGGUCCCAGAUAGAUGGGAGGAUGGCUAAAGUAGAGGGCUACCAGCCCUACGUUCUCAUAUUGAGAUGCCGCUUCUCGGGUACGACUGAAGUCUUCCGUGAAGGUGUAGAGUGGUUGGUCAACACGUGUUUCCGAGACCGUAUUGUAUCAACGUGCGGCCUCUCAGUAAUAUCUACAGAAGUAGUAAACACGACGGGCUUCGUGGUGCUGGCGUCGCAAGGUGGGCGGGAACGCUACGAGCUGCUGCGAGACGUUACCGACGGGCCCUUCUGUUUUAGUAUAGACGACCGAAGGCUAGCCUUCGAAUGUAGCAGUGAUGAAUUAUCUGAGAAAGAUAUCAUAGACGCCCGAGACAAGCCGAAGAAGCGCGAGUUUCAAUACUUCAAGAGGAGCCCCUGCGGCCGCUUCACUUUUACAUCCUGGUGGCCCGACGGCUCGAAUUACCCCUUCGCGGACGCGUUGCUGGAGAUGCGGGGCGACGCGAAGCCGACGCCUCCUGUCCGUGAGAAGAAGUCGAAGUUUGGUCAUGCGUCGCACUUCGCCUACGGUCCGUCGAACUGUCGCAUCACGCCCGACAUUUUAGGAAUGCACGAAGACGAGGUGAGGGCGGCGCGGAAACGGUGGGCGGAAAAAGCGGAAGCCGUCGGGCGCAAGGCCGAACCGUCGUCGAAGCCUUAUACCGCACCUGAUCUGUAUGGCGAGGUCGAUAGGGAAGAGGCAGCUAGACCGGCAGAACAUCCCGCGUCGCAACACGUCGACGACUACUUCCAGCAACGGAAACGGGAGGCCGAGGAACGCUAUAAACAGCAGGAGCGGGACGCGCCGAAUGUGCCAUCGAGGCCCUGGAAGUAUCAAGAUGUGCAGGAAGAGGGGCUACCGGACGAUAAAAGGGCCUGGACCAUGGACGGCGACAAGCCGCUGGAGUCGCUCUUCGAGGGUCUGCGGAAGAUGGGCUGCAACGUCGAGACCGGCGGCGGCGACGGGGGUUUUCGGUUCUCGUACGGCGGCUCUGAUGGCAGUGCCAAAGCGCCGUCCAAAGAGAAACAGGAGCGCAUGGCCCGGGAGCACGCUCAAACUUUUGAAGAUAGGUAUCCGGACGCGCCGGACCACCCCAUGUUCGAGAAGGCUCGCAAGGCUGCGGAGCGAGCGAGGGAGCCCAUGGUGUCCCUCGAGACGCCGUUGGACGAGUUGCUGGAUCCUGCUACUUCGGACGAUCGCGUCAUGCCUCCUCCCAUUAUUGAUGAGGGUGUGCCGGAGUCGAAGGAAAGCAUGCCGUCAGAGCUCCGGGAGAAUUAUAUGUAGUUAGUUGUGUGAAUAUAAGUACAAAAUUGUUAGG